CAAAUCCAUAUGUAGAGAAGACCAGAGUUAUUCGUAGACAUAAAUUAACAACGUGAAGGAACAAUCAGUUAGUAAUUUUCACUACUUUCCUGUUCGGUAUGCUCCAAAUACUUUUUGAUCACUUAAGUGACAUUGAAUAUUGUAUGUGUGCGAGUGCGCUUUCCCUGAAUCUUUGUAGAAGAGAUGUCAAAGGAUAUCCCUAAGCUUGACCCGUUUAGAACUAAGGCAGAAAUAAAGGGAAAGAAACAGAAAAGAUCCCAAGGAUCUUCACAUUAUAGACCAAAAGCACCAACUGAACUAACACGUUUACCGGCAUUUAAAGAUGUCUCUCCUUCUGAGCACCAAGAGUUGUUUGUGAAGAAACUUCAGCAAUGCUGCGUUGUCUUUAACUUUGAGGACUCAACUUCUGAUGUCAGUAGUAAAGAGAUCAAAAGAACUUUCUUGAAUGAGCUGGUAGAGUACAUAAGCGUAACAAGGAACGCGUUGAAUGAAUCUGUUUACCAGCCGAUUGUUUCCAUGAUUGCUUGCAACAUAUUCAGACCUCUCCCACCCUCUGACAAUCCGGACUUUGAUCCCGAGGAAGACGAUCCAAUUUUGGAAGCAGCCUGGCCUCACCUUUCAUACGUCUAUGAGUUUUUCCUGCGUUUCCUUGAGUCUCCUGAUUUUCAACCAGUUGCUGCUAAAAAAUAUAUUGACCAGAAAUUUGUACUUCAAUUACUGGAGCUGUUCGAUAGCGAGGAUCCUCGAGAACGUGAGCUGCUAAAGACCGUGGUUCAUCGCAUCUACGGGAAGUUUUUGGGAUUAAGGUCUUUUAUCAGAAAGCAGAUUAACAAUAUAUUUCUAAGAUUCAUAUAUGAAACGGAACAGUUCAAUGGUGUUGGGGAGUUGCUUGAAAUUUUGGGGAGUAUUAUAAAUGGUUUCGCCCUCCCACUUAAGUCUGAACACACUCGGUUCCUCGCAAAAGUUUUGAUCCCACUUCACAAAGCCAAGUCCUUAGUGACCUUCCAUCCUCAACUUGCUUACUGCAUAGUCCAGUUCUUGGAUAAAGAUGCGACUCUGACAGAGCAGGUUGUUCGCGGACUCUUAAAAUUUUGGCCCAAAACCUACUCUCAAAAAGAAGUUAUGUUUUUAGGUGAAAUUGAAGAAAUCCUAGAAGUUAUUGAGCCUUUACAAUUCCAGAUUAUUAUGGUCCCUCUUUUUAAACAAAUUGCGAAGUCAGUCUCAAGUUCCCACUUUCAGGUUGCUGAACGAGCACUAAGUUAUUGGAACAAUGAUAAUAUAGUUUCUCUUAUUGAAGAAAAUCAUGACACUCUUAUACCAAUAUUAUUCCCAUCCUUCUAUCGUAUUUCACGCGAGCAUUGGAAUCAAACAAUUGUAGCUUUGGUCGGAAAUGUUCUGAAAAUCUUUAUGGAAAUGAAUACAAAUUUGUGCAAUCAGUUAGCUGAAAAACACAAAGUAGAACGUCAAAGGGAACGUAAACGGGAGAAGGAACGUGAAGAAUUAUGGAAGAAACUUGAGCAGCUGAGGAUGUCUGGUUCGGGCGACACACCUGGCCCACCAAAUAUUGAUACCAAAACUAGCUCUGCAAUUACCAACAAUGCUUUCACUAACGUCCAUCAACUAGGGGUAAAUGUGACUAAGCGCUAGAUGCAGCUCUCCAACCACUUGUUUCACACAAUAUCGGCCAUAUAAUAUUGCGUUUCAUGAUCCAUACAUCUUAGAAGCCUCAUGAUUCAUUCCGUACUGCGUUAGAGAUUUUUGUGAGUUAAAUAGUGCUGAACAUGUAACUUGGUCCUUAAGUACAACUUGAUUAGUGCAUGUUUGCCCAUCCAUUUAUUGAAUGAAUGAGGGUAUAUUCUUUUCUUGAAGUGACUAUUAUACUUUUUGUUCUCUGCUUCAAUUAAAUACCACAUCUUGUUAUUUAAUGUGACCUCAAUUGUAAUUUCAUGAACAUAAUUUGUAUGUUGAUUUUAUAGUUAUAAGACACAUAAUCGCUCACUUAUAACCCCAUUAAUCUGUAAAUCCAUCGACAGGACAAUAGAGAUAUCGAAGUGGUUAUUAUCCUAAAUUUUUGUGAAUGGCUUUCGCAGUUUUAUGAAUAUCAUGCCCAGUUCAAACUUGGAGAAAUCACAUUCACGAAAUGUCUUUUAAAUUCUUUUUGGAUGACUUAUUGUUUUACUUGAAAAUGUACUCGGUGUUUCUUUCUGUGUACCUAUAUUUUUUACAGAAAACCGAGUAUAUACGUAAAUAAUAUAUGGAACGCAUUUCUGGAUUUUACUGUAUCUUUAGUUAUUUAUUAUGCUUUUCACGAAACGCUUAAAAAUCUCAGCUCCAUAUAUAUCGUAUUUGAAUACCAUUGAGGUUGAGUCCUACAGCCAUUAUUACGUUGACUUUUUGGGAGAUAUGAAAUUGAUUCCUAUUAGUAAUUGUCACGAUAGCUAUUCACAAAUACUAAAAAUCGAAACAUCAUACUGGCUAUUGUCCCCUUGUGAGAAGCUUUGCAUUCAAACAAUAAUGCGAAUUACAGAUUGUGGUACUACUGUUAUAAUGCUGUUUUAAGGAUGACCCUCUGAUGAAAUUCAGUUCUGUACUACAUUUCCAUCUACUUAUAACGUCUAACAAUUUCCGUGAUUUUAUAAUCCUAUAUGUGCAAGUUUUUCUUACAACAAUUCAGUUUCUGACUUAUCCUCUUACAAGAUCAGUAUCAUAUGUAGGUUGAAAGAUAGAAUCCCUCCUAGAGGUUAUUUAUAAACGAGCUGUUGUUACGGUGUAAUGAACAAAGCUACGCUAGGGAAGCGAUCAUAUCACAUGCAAAUUAUGUGAGAUGAAUAAAACGUGGUAAUCUCUCGUUUUAUCACUGCUACAACAAUUAAAGUUCACACCAUUAGUUCAUCUGUGAUCUCAGAGGCCAUAGAUUCCUCUAUUUCCAAACCAGUCUUCUAAUUUUCCAUCACACUUAUUGAAGCUUUAUAUAAGUGUUUGUGAAAUCCUUAUUACAUCUUAAAGCAUAAGUAUGGAAUUCUCAGAAUGUUUUAAAUGUGCAGAUGAGUACCCAGAAAUAGAACAAAUUACCCACUUUCCACACGGGGACGAUUGUCUAUAGUAAGAUCAAGGCAUAAUAUGAGUCAGUAUCAAUAUACUGGCUGAUGAGUAAGUUUCAAUGAGACUAAAAAUUCUGGCAAUUAUAUCCACGACAUUUAGAAGUCUUUUGGUAUUUCUAAUGUGUAGUAGGAGUGCCAUAAGGAUUACUGAUUAUUGGUCACUUAACCUUUCGCCAGAGCAAAUCACUGUAGGGAGGAAUCCGCUACACAAGUAAAAAUUAUAGGUUCUCCCUGCAAACACUUAGAUCCCAAACAUGUUUACCUUUGAACUAUUGGGUUAAUAAGCUUCAAACCAUCGGGGAAGUCUAACGUUUCUUGAACGACAAUUUUCCAGAGUUUCCUGCUUUAAAUGUCCCUAAAUCUUUAUGUAACAAACAAUGACAUUCUAAUUACUCACACAUAUGCUUGGAAAAGUUUUUUUUUAAUCUACGUAAAUUACUAGUAUAAAAAUAGCAGGUGAAAUAACAAGCUUCAGUCAGUAACAACGUAGAACUUCGUACGUACGUACAUCAGUUCGAGUUGCCACACCACAUUAGCACAGAGAUACAGUGGUCGAUUCAAAUCCCGUAGUGGUAGAGCUAAUAAGAGUAUAAGCAGUAAUCGGGAAGAUUAGGGUUUGGAGAUGUUAUUUAAAGAGUAUAAUACAGUGAAAUAAAUUUGGAAGGAGGAAAAAAGGGA